CUCUCUCUCUCUCUCUCUCCCCACUCGCCCGGCUGUCUCCUGGCUUCCUCGCCCCUCGCCCCUCGCCGAUCGUGCUCCAGAGGUCGCCCCUUCCUCCCACUCUACCGCACCCAUCACUGGCCGCGGCCGAAGCCAUGGUCGCCAAUACCGCCCUGCCUGACGGCGCGCCGCUGGUGCCGGCCCCCUCGAGCGCCGCUUCGAUGACCCUCCUGUCGAAGGCCGUCUCCUCGGCCGGCGCCGCCCCGCCGGUCGGCCGGCAGCAUGCCACCACCGAGACCUUCGAGGCGUCUCUCCUCCGGUGGGUGGAGAUCUGCCACCAGUCCGGCGAUCCGAAGGACCACCAGGGGAUCCUGUCUUUCCUGGCCGGUAUCGUUCCCCAAACCCUGGUGUCUCGGGCGUUGGACUUCCUCCCGGCCGGCGGCCCGGCCGACUCGUACAUCAUCAUGCAGGCCGCCUCCGGCGAGUAUUCUCCCGCCAAGCGCGUGACGGCCGACCUGCUGGGCGAGCGUCAGCUGGCCGCUGUCAUCGCCCUCUUCCGCCUGUCGGUGCUGUCGCUGCCGGCCCCGAUCAUCUCCCCGGAUGAGCCCAUUGCCCUGGGCCUGACGGCCCUUUCCUCGCCGGACCUCUUCCCCAAUGGCCAGUUCGACCGCAAGGUGAUUGCUCGCCUUGUCGAGGUUAUGCUCGAGACGGCCGAUGCUCUGCCCACGCGCAGUCCCAGCCGUGCCUUCCUGAUGGACCGCCUGCUCCGGCGCAUUUCCUCUCUGGAGUCUCUCGCUCCGGCGGCCAGCCCAGGCAGCUAUGCCCUGAAGGACCCGAACUGCUGCGCUCUCCUGGAAGGCAUUCUCGGUGCCUUCAGCUGUGGGCCCUCGCACAUUGUUCCCCUGCCGGCCUUCACCUCCUUCCUGUCGCAUGUGUCGCAACUGGUGUCGGGCUUGGAGCAGGGGGUCAUGCUGGACACGGCCAGUCGCCUGGAGCAGGAACCCUCCGCUGAUGGCACUCUACUCGAUGAGAGUGAUCACCAGCAGGCGUGCGCCGCUGCUGCCGCCGCCGCUGCGCGCCCCUUCACCGACAUCAUCCAUCGUGUUGUCGUGCACUACCUCCAGGGCCGCGUGGCCACGUGCCCGACACCAGUUCUGGCCAGCUCGCUGGCCGAGUGCGAGUCCUCGUCCACCGCCUCGGUGGCUACCCUGUCCUCGCCGUCGGUGGCCGAGGGCCCGCUGGCGGUCGGCGGCGGAAGUGAGGACACCCCGGCCGGCGAUCAUGAUGCCGUGCUGCUGGACUUCGUCACCAACGAACUGGACUUCUGCCUGCUUCGGGCCAAUGAGAUCGUCGGCCUGGCCGAUGAGUCCCUCGCUGGUGAGGUGGCCUUCCUCUAUCGGACUCUGUCCUCAUCGCUGACCUCCCUGUCUCUGCUGGCCAUGCUGCGCGAUGACAUCGUCAGCCCGGACGACUGCAUCGGCUACUGCACGUCCAUCCUCCAGGGGAUGGUCCCGUCUGGCACUGUGGCCGGCCUCGGCCCGCAGGUGUUCGCCACGCGUGCCUGCUCCUCGGCCCUCUUCCUGCUGGCCACCAAGUACCCCGAACAUGGUGACACCAUCCUGAAGAUCCUGGAGUCGGCCCUCUUCGAUCCAUUGCCGCUCUUUGCCAUGUUGACACCGGAGAGCGAGCUCUACCGGCUCCUGGCCACCACGCUGGUCGGGGACUUUGUGCAGGUUCUCCUGUUGUCGUGUGCCACCGGCCCCCGGCCGGGCCCGGCGCGCGGUGCCUCGGCCACCGGGGCCACCUCCGCCAGUGGCCUUCCCCUGUCGAUGUCCAGCUACUCGGUGUCGUCCAUCCCGCUGGCCGGGCUGGCCUUGAACAGCAGUGCGGCGGCCACCGGCGCCGGCGCCGCCGCCGCCGGGCUCACGGACACCGAGCUCCGCCUGCGGGACAUGAUUACCUCCAUCUCGAGUGCCAUGUUCGGCACGAGCCGCGCCACGGCGCCGGAUGCCCUGGCCACCGGGCCCUCGGAUACCCUGCUGCACCACCUGUCCGAGCUGAAUGCCAUCCGGGCGCUGGGCGCCCUGGCGCUGGCCAUCCCCAGCAUGCCGCUUCUGGUGCACCACAUCAUGGUGUCGCUGCAGCAGCACUUCAACUCGUCGUCGGCCCUGCCGCACUCGCUGCUGGAGCGGGGCAUCCCCUCGGACUCGGUGUAUUCCAGCAUUUCGCGCGAGCUGUCCCGCAUGGCGGUCUUGGUGGGGGCCGAGCAGCCGGUCGCCGGGACCGGGGUCACCAUCCGUCACCAGGUGGUGGCCUUCUUUGCCGGGCUCCUGUCUGAGGACACCGACCCCAGCGUGGACAAGGUCCGUCGGGCGGUGGUCGUCGACGCGGUGGCCUACAUGACCCGCUUGUCCGGGCGUCUGGCCUACCUGCAGCGGUGCGAGACGCGCGCCGCCCUGCUUGUGGCCCUGCUCCGGGUGUUCAUCGAGCGGGGCAUUCGCGCCACGCAGGCCACCCUGCGCAAUGACUCCGAGACCCUGGCCAAGCUGGCGGCCAUCGUGCGCCUGAUGGGAUCCAUCGUCCAGGCGGACUUCCGCUGCCCGGCCACCGGGGCCGUGGUCCCGUAUACCAUUCUCCAGCCGGCCGGCACCAGCGAAGGCGCCAGCACCACCACCGCCUCCGCCAUGGGCGGUGGUUCCCCCUCGCCGGUGGGCGAUGGGGUGGAGCUGCUCUUCCGGCAGUUCUGGUUCCUGGCCACGCAACUUGGCUUCACGGCUCGGCUUCCCUCGGAUUCGGCCCUUCGGUCGGCAUUCGUGUAUGUGGCCCAUGCCACCCCGGCGCUCUUCCGCGCGGGCGGCCUGCAGGCCUUUGAUGCCGGGCUGCAGGCCGACCCGUCGCUGGUCCGCUUCUCCUGGCCGGCCGUCAAGCCGGAGGUCCGCGGCUUGCUGGUGAACUACCUGCCGGUGGGCGAUCUCCGUGCUCUGGGCCAUGUGCAACAGUUGUUCAUCUACACCGUGGCCCUGGUGGAGCGCCUGCGGCCGGUGCUCAGUGUCCGGGCAUUGCUGGGGCUGGCGGCGGCGGCCCCGCGCUUUGCCGCCCCUCUGGACACCACGCUGGACCGGCUGUCGGAGGCCCUUUUCGCCCGGGCCCUGGGCCAGGCCCGGCGCCUGCGCACCCCGGACACGGUGCUGGCCGGCGAGGCGCAGCGCCUGCUGGCGGCCAGUGUCGACCUCGAUCCGUUGAUGGCCGUCGCGGCCCGGCGCUUCCUGGAUCAGAUCCUCCUGCUGAAUACGCAUCUGCAUGCCAAUUCCCUGCUCAUUGACACCCUUGGUGCCUUGAUCCUGGCCACCUAUCGGGCCAGUCAGCUGUCCAUUUCCGGGUCCAUGGCCGGGCUGCUGGUGCCGGCGGCCGUGCCCGGGGCCGGCAGCCUCCUGCGCGUGGCCCUGUCCACCAAUCCGGUGGAAUUGGCCCGCACGGGGGACUACCUGCGCGGGGACCUGGCCACCCGGUGGCUCGGGCGCCUGUACACCGAAUCGCCCGAGGCCUUCCGGGCCCUGUUUGUGGCGUACGCCAACAAGUCCUCCCCGAGCUCGGUGCGUCUGCUGACCGGGCCGGACUUUGCCGGGCUCGAGGCCGUGGUGGUUCCCUGGUUCGAUGUGCCGGGCCCGGAGUAUGCCGUUCGCAUGGCCACGCACUUUGCGGCCUUGGACCAGCGCCAGUUGGUUCCGGAGCCGGAUGACCUGGCCUCCAUGGCCCUGUGUCACAAUGCACUGGCGGCGUCCCGCCUGACGCGACUCCUCUGCGAGCAAAGCACCUACGCCGGGGAGCUCCGCUCCAAGCUGAUCUCCGGCUCGGUGGGUGCUCUGCCAGCCUCGGCGGACAUCAGCUCGGCCACGCUGGCCGGGGAGCCGGGGACCGGGGCCCCGCCCGCUGCCCGGCGUCUCACGCGCUCCCUGCUUGCCAGCCUGCGCCUGCUGGUGGCCCAGCUGGAGCAGUCGGCCCCGUGCGAUGUCAUCAGCCCGGGCGCCGCUCUGGCCGAUCGGUCGGCCAUCAGCCAGGAUCCCGGCAUGGCCGGUCUGGUCAGCCCGGCCGGCAUUCGCAGCAUCAUCCUCCGGGCCGCGGCGUACCUGGUCCUGUCCGGCACCGGGGCCGGGGAGGCCUUGGCCCAUGCGCCGGGGGAUGCGGCCGCGGCUUUGGCCGCCGCGGCGGCCAGCCCGCGCCCCACGUCGGCCGCCGCCAGCGAGUCGGCCAUUCCCUUUGACCUGUCGGGCGAGGCCAUUUCCAUCCUGCGCAUCCUCGGUCGCCUGCCCUUCAUCUCCGGCCGGGCGGACCUGGCGGCCCACGUGGCCGAGGCCUGUGUCGAUGCCUGGUGGUGGUUGAUUGUCUCGCGCCCGGAGCUUGAGACGGCCCUGCUGAGCAACAUCGUGCUGGGCUGGUCGCAGGCGGUUCGCGCGCGGACCGGGCUCUUUGCCACGGCGGCCCUGGUGGACCCGGUGUACGGGAAGAUCGAUUACCAACCGCCGGGGGAGUAUCAGCCGGUGCAGCCGCACCUGCUGGCCACCGCCAGUCAGACGGCCGUCCUGCGCUUCCUCCUGUCAUACACCUCCUCGCGCAUGCACAAGUCCCCGGUCCAUGCGGAGCUGCUGAUGCACUUCCUCCGGGAGACCUUCAAUGCCACGCUCUCCACCCUGCCCGAGGCCCGCCUGGGCCGGUUCCUGGCCGCGCACAUUGCCCUGUCGCUCAUCGGGUCCGGCAUCUUUUACGGCCAGCCGGCCGAGGUGCGCGUCCUGCAUCUGAGCGUGGUGCAUAGCCUGCUGACGUGGUUCGCCGGUCGGCCGUGCUGGUCUCCGGGGCACAUCGGCCGCCAGCUCCAGGAGCUGGCCACCAUGGCCGAGGUCUUGCGGCUGCUGACGGCCCUGCCGCCGGCGACCAGCCCCACUGCCGGGACGGUGGCCGCCGCGCUGGCCCGGUAUGCCGGCGAGGAGCCACACCGCCUGCUCAUGCACUUGGUGGCUCUCGAGAUUGAUCGCCUGCUUAUUUGGCUGUCGGCCGGGAGCUAUCCGGCCCCGGCCAGCGGGGGGCUUCUGCGGUCGGGGACCGGCUCCGGUGCCAGCACCAGUGCCAGCACUCCGGUCGGCACGGACUUCUCCACCCUGCCAAUGGGCGAGGGGUCGCUCGGUGCAUUGGUCGAUGAGGAUGAUGCGACAGCCGACAUGAUGGGACCUGGCGCCGGUGUGACCGGCACCGGCAUCCCCGCCCAGCUGCCGAGCCUGGCCUCGGCGGCGGCCCUGUCCGAUGUGCCGGCCCUCUCUGCCCCGGGCUGGCACCAGGCCUUGGGCAAUUCCCGGGUCGUCGGGGUGAUGGAGGCCGUGCGGGCGGUCCUCGGCGCGGCCUUCCCCGCCCGGCAUACCCUCACCAAUCGCGAGUAUUGGCGGGCGGCCACCGACAUCGCCUGGAGCCUGGACCCGGGGCUGGCCUUGCGCCUGGUCGAGCGUGUUCCCCCGGCCGGGGAGGUCAUUUCCCCGGCGCUGGAACGCCUGGUGGCCGCCGAUCCGAUCGAGGCCCAGCACUACCCGGCUGCCGUGUGGUAUUUGCUGACGCCGGAGAAUUUGGAGCGCUCGGUGCCGGCCCUGCGGUUUUUGCCCUCAUGGGCGGCGGUGCCGCCGAUGUCGGCCCUGGCCCUCUUCCUGCCGAAGUACCGUGCUCACCCGCUGGUCUUGCAGUAUGCGGUGCGCGUGUUGGAUGAGACCCCGGCCGCGCAUAUGCUCUUCUACACCCCGCAAAUUGUCCAGGCCCUGCGGUAUGACCAGAGCGGGCACAUUGCCAACUACAUUCGGAGCAUCGCGCGCGACCCGCGCGGCCAGCUGCUGGCCCAUCAGUUCAUCUGGAACAUGAAGGCCAACAUGUACAUCGAUGCCGAGGGCGAGCAGCCGGACGCCCUGAAGCCGGUGCUGGAUGAGCUCCUGCAGCAGGUGGUGUCCUCCUUCAGCCGCGAGGACUCGGCCUACUAUGAGCGCGAGUUCUCCUUCUUCGCCCAGGUGACCGGCAUUUCCGGGUCCCUGCGGCCGUACAUCCGCAAGUCCAAGCGCGAAAAGAAGGCCAAGAUCGACGAGGAACUUGGCAAGAUCCUCGACGUGCCGGCCGGGGCCUAUCUCCCCUCCACCCCGGAGAGCAAGGUCCUGGGCAUCGACUACACCAGCGGCCGGCCGCUGCAGUCCCACGCCAAGGCCCCCUUCAUGGCCACCUUCCGCGUGGAGAAGCCCGGGGCCACUGGCUCGGCUUCGGCCAAUGGCGAGUCCGUCUGGCAGUCGGUCAUCUUCAAGGUGGGUGAUGACUGCCGGCAGGAUGUGCUGGCCCUGCAGAUGAUUGCCCUCUUCCAGCGGGUCUUCUCCCAGGUGGGCUUGGACAUGUACACCUACCCGUACCGGGUGGUGGCCACCGACGCCGGGUGCGGUGUCAUCGAGGUCGUGCCGAACACCAUCUCCCGUGACAUGCUCGGCCGGGAGAAUGUCAACUCCCUGAUGACGUACUUCCUGAAUGCCUUCGGCCCGGAGCAUGGCCAAGCCUUCCAAAAGGCCCGGGCCAACUUCGCCCGGUCCAUGGCCGCCUACUCGGUGAUUGUGUACCUGCUGACGCUGCGUGACCGGCACAAUGGCAACAUCAUGCUGGACUCGGCUGGGCACAUCAUUCACAUUGACUUCGGUUUCGUGCUCGGCAUCUCCCCGGGCGGUGUGGUCUUCAAUGACAUCCUCAAGAGCGGCUUCGAGACCAGUCCCUUCCUGCUGAAGCGCGAGAUGAUCGAGGUCCUCGGUGGGGUUGACAGCCCGACGUACCUGUGGUUCACGGAGCUCGUGGUCCAGGGCUACCUGGCCCUGCGCCCGUACAUGCAGGAGGUCAUCCACCUGGUGCGCCUGAUGCAGGGGUCCAACCUGCCGUGCUUCCCGCACGGUGGCGACGAGGUGUUCAAGCGCCUGCGGUACCGCUUCCAGCCGGAGCUCUCCGAGCGCGGCGCCGCCCAGUUCAUGCGCAUGUGCAUCGCCAAGUCCAUCGAGAAUUAUCGCACCACCGCGUACGAUAUGUUCCAGAAGCUGCAGAAUGGUAUCCCCUACUGAGGUCCUCCUGUGGAGGAGCGGGUGACCGGGGGGGG